CUGAUAACGCUUGCUUUACAAAACGCCUUCUUGACUAUCAUUAUGCACUAUUCACGGAUAUCGACCGCUCCCUCACGAACCUACUCUGCCGCCACAGCCGUCCUGCUUAACGAACUCCUCAAAGGUGCUAUAUCCGUCUUGAUCGCUUUAAAACAUCCUCGCCCUCCUUCCUCAUUCCCGUCAUUCAUUCCGACCAUGCUACACCCUUCACGAAUACGAAAUCUAACCAAAUCCGUUCUCUCACCCGAUUGCUACAAACUCUCAGUCCCCGCGAUUCUCUACGUCAUACAAAAUAAUCUCCAAUAUGUGGCAGCAUCCAAUCUCGACGUCGCAACAUUUCAGGUUACCUAUCAAAUGAAAAUCCUCACAACUGCCUUCUUCUCUGUUCUCAUGCUUAGGAAGCGUUUAAGUAAGGGCAAGUGGCUGUCCCUUAUUCUCCUUGCAGCUGGAGUCGGUAUAGUUCAAAUACAAUCUACAGCCGCACCUUCACACAUAUCGCCUAUCGUUCAGACCGAAGGCGUACAGAUAUCGAAAGGAAAUCAACUCCGUUCCGACAUUCCUCAGCUGAAUUCCGAACGCGUGAUGCACCCUUUGAGAGGCUUCAUGGCAGUCACUUUGGCUUGUAUGACUUCCGGCCUAGCCGGCGUGUAUUUCGAAUUCAUCUUGAAAACUCAGACCGGGUCUGGGCCCGCGCCCGAUCUGUGGGUACGGAAUACUCAGCUAUCCUUUUUCUCAUUAGUUCCCGCAGCCGUGCCGAUUCUCUUUGCCCGUGGGCCAGAAGGAUCUAGCUGGUUGGAAAGAGUGGGAGGGAGCUUUGCCAAUUUCAAUGGGUGGGCAGUGGGAACCGUGUUGACCCAGACUUUUGGAGGAUUGAUCACGGCUAUUGUGAUCCGUUAUUCGGACAACAUCAUGAAAGGCUUUGCCACAUCAUUAUCCAUUAUCAUCUCCUUCCUCGCCUCCGUCGCUCUCUUCUCUUAUCCCAUCACAGUCGCAUUCGUCGUCGGAUCAUCAAUCGUCCUUCUCGCCACAUAUAUGUACAACGCUCCAUCA